AUGUGGAAGAAGCUUGGAUAUAUAUUUUGUUUGAGUAGUGGGUUUAAUUUUGUGUUAUUUCAGGCGUUGUUUGUGCAUUUGAAGUUUGGGAAACUUAACGUAGAGUUAGAGCCUGAGCGUGUUCCAACGGCCUCUAAGGCCUGCAUGGCCGUGGGAAUCAUACAUCUCCUCGUAGUAAUACUAACAAUACUAUACAUAAAAGGAGUUGUCAAGUUUAACCCUGUGCAUUAUUUUAUGAGAGUGUUGAACAUGGCUGGUAGACAUGGACCAGCCACAGGUCAGAACCGAUACCGAAGAUUCAAUGAAGCGCAUUUCGAAUCAGAUUUCCCAGCCUCUCCAAACCUUUCCGAUACCACAACUCCGCUACUGCAUACCAGUACCGUUUUUGAUACCUCCAAUAGCGGUGUAUUUGGUAAUGGUACAGUGUUGGAGAAUGGUACUGCAGGUGGUUCAGUGUCUAGAAGAGUGGAUUCUCAGGCUAAAAUACCAAUACCGCCGUACGUAUCAGUGUCAAGAACUCAGUCCUCCUCAACAGUACUGAACCACCCAGAGUCGACACCUGCAAAUUCUAUGUCUGUUAAUCGUACUACAGACACGGAAAGUAUUCAGAAGAAGCCUUCUAUAGAAUUAAUAGAUUUAAAUUAA